CGGAAAGGUCAGCUGAGAGAAGAGCUGCGGAGAGCCUUCCCUAAAAGUAAAGAAACCUAUGUUGCCUUUAUGGCUCGGCUGAAGCUUAUAGUUCAGCAAUGGUUUAGAUCAGCGAAUGUGGAGACCUUAGAAGAAGCCAGCCAUCUGAUCGUUAGAGAUCAAUUUUUCCAAAUCCUCCCCGGAGAUAUCUCGGCAAUGGUUCAAGCUAAAGAGACUUUUGAUUUAUCAGAAUUGACUGCCUUUGCCGAUCAAAUGGCUAACAUUAAGAAUAAAGAGAGAAAAGCCUUGAAUUUUUUCACUGGGAAGAAAGAGCCGUUUAAAGCUAAUCCCAGAGAUAUGGAUUUGAGUGGCAAGGAAGGAGUUAAAGCUUCGUUCCAAAGAAAGGAGACUCCGGCAAAGUUUGGCAAGCCAGCUGAAGCUUCUACACCCAAGAGUGUUAUAUGUUUCACCUGCGGAAAGAAGGGCCAUUAUAAAAGCCAGUGUAUGGAGUCGAAAAAAGAAGCCAAAGUCCAGAUAGUAGGAGGUGAUCGAGUCCUCAUGCACACUGAAAAUUGGGAAGAAAGCAGCGGAUCGCCUAGCAGCUCUGUGCAUUCCAGUGAGGAAGAAGAGCCAGUCACUGCUAUGAUCAAGCAUUCUAAGAAACCGUGGCCUGACCCUGAACUGUUAGCUCGGAGACGUGCUGACGGUGAGAGAGCGACUCAUCCUACUGAUUUAAACCCGAUGCUUUCCCAUCCUGGUACUGAGUAACGGUUAAUUGAAGGUCUCGGCCCAGCUGCACGAAGUUUUGCUAACGGUUCGAACUUCAAUAAACUUUCAGCCACAACACCUGAUAAGAAUGAAGACUUACAUCACCUGCUUUAGUUAAUUGGCACUGAAUUGUGAUUGGCCCACUAGGGCCACCUGAUAUGCAAUUCCCCUAUAUCUGCUUUUCCAUAGUGUAACAAAGGCAACUUUUUUUCCUUGCUUCCCCCCUCCCUUUUCACUCCUAAUAUGCAAUGCUACCUCACGCUGGCUAGAGGCUGUCUAUUGAAGUAUGAGAGCUGCUUCACCUUUUCUUUUACCUGCUAAGCAAUGGAGAAAUUUUACAUUUUGAUUUUAGUAGGUUCAGUGAUUUUGUCUCUGUUUGCUUUUAUUCAAUUGAUUGUAUGCAUAGUAUGCCA